CGCCGCUUAAAAGCAUCUAGAGGUCCAGGGCCCCCGCCCCUCCUCUGAGCCCCCAAGCUCCCAUCUCUGGCCGCAGCUCCAGAGCAGCGGGGCUCCCAUCUGACCCUAAACCCACCUCCCCAGCUUCCCCCUUCAGCCGGGAGCCCCCCGAAGGCCUUUAGCCUCGAGAGCUGCCUUUGGGGCUGCUGAAGCCCGAAUCUCCAGCGGACACUGACCCCGCUCCCUGCCGGGACCCUGACCCCGCAGCCCCUCCUGGGCCUCCUGCAAGGACUCCGAGCCCAGCUCUCUGCAAUGACCUUCAUCUCCGAGCCCCUCCUGGGCCUCCGCGGUUCCUGAGCCCGGAGCCUCUUCUUCGCCUUCUGCGGAGCCUAAGCCCAGCUCCCUGCAAGACCUCUCAUCCCGGAACCUCCUGAGGAGCCUGAGCCGGGCUUCUUGAAAACACUUUCAUCCCAGAGCCCUUCCCUGGCCUCCUGCAAGGACGCUGAGCCGGGAUCCUUGCAAGGACUCUCCUCCCGGAGCCUCCGCUUGGCCUCCUGCCGGGAUUCCGGGCCCUGAGCUUCUUCCUGGCCUCCCGCUGAGCCUGAGCCCGGCCUCCUGCAGGGACUGUCAGAGCCGAGCCGCCUCUUGACCUCCAGUGGACUCCGGGACCGGGGCCUCUCCUGGGCUCCUAGCUCGGGCCGGCUCCCUGCCGCCAUGUCGUCUCUCCGGACGGAAGAUGCUGGGGCCAGCACGAAGGGCGCCCGGCCCGGGCCCAGCGGCGGGGAGGUGCCUCCGGCCGAGCAGCUGGAGGAGGCGGUGGAGCGGCUGCAGCGAGAGAACCGGAGGCUCCGGGAGCAGGCUCCGCGUGCAGCCGCGCUCUGCGGCCUCUACCACGAGGCUGUGCAGCAGCUGAGCUUCCUGCGGAGCCAGCUGGCCUCCCGAGACUCCCUGGUGGCACGCCUACGGGCUAGUCUGGCGGCUUAUGAGAGCUCCGGGCCCGCAGUAGGGCCCGGGCCCGCGCCGUCUCUUGUGGACGGGCUGGUGGAGCAGGUGGCCCACCUCAAGGAGCAGCUCCGCGAGCAGGAGACCAGCGCUCGAGCCCGGGAGGACGGACUGGAGCAGGAAGUGAAGAAGCUGACCCAGCAGCUGGAAGAGAAAGAGAGGGAGCUGGAGCGGCUGCUCAGGGAGCCCCAGCACGAGCGGGAGCGCGAGAUCCUGCUGCUGCAGAGGAGUUUGGCGGAGAAGGAGAAGGUGCAGGCUACGAGCGAGGUGCUCUGCCGGUCCCUGACCGAUGAGACCCAUCAGCUCCGGAGGACUCUGGCCGCCACCGCCGAGAUGUGUCAGCACCUCGUCAAAUGUCUAGACGAGAAGCAAAGAUCUGGAGGGCACAGGGAGGAGAAACCCGCCUUGGAGAGAUCUAAUAAGCUACAGUUUCCUGAAGGUGAUGUCUCAGUUCAUGGCAUUAUCUGUAAAUUACAGGAAGAAAAUAGGCUCCUGAAGCAAAAAGUCGUUCAUGUGGAAGAUCUGAAUGCCAAGUGGCAGAGGUAUGAUGCUAGCAGGGAUGAGUAUGUGAAGGGCCUCCAUCUGCAGCUGAAGGAACUGAAAGUCCUUCCUGAGCAGGGUUUGCCCACGAGCCCAGAGCUUAUGCAGAAGGAGAUUUUCCGACUAAACAAAUUGUUGGAAGAAAAAAUGGCUGACUGCUUGAAAGUAAAGCGGGAGCUGGAAGAUAUCAAAAAGGCAAAAGAUGGAGACAGUGAGCGGAUACAGAUGUUGGAGCAGCAGGUGCUCGUUUACAAAGAUGAUUUUACGUCAGAAAGAGCUGAUCGGGAACGGGCACAAAGCAAGAUUCAAGAACUUAAGGAAAAAGUCGCAACCCUACAGCACCAGAUAUCCAGGAGACAGGAGUCGAGAGAGACAACAGGCCACUGUAGGAUUCACACAGGUCACAAAAACCACACACAAUGCCUAGAGACAGACAUUGCAGAGGCCUUACUUAGGGCAGAGGCCCCAAGCACAAGGAGACCUGUGACACAGCCUGACCAGCCUGAAAUCCAAGCAGACAGAGGAAUCUCUGGCCCUGACCUGAGAGGUCAAGGUCAAGGGGACCUUCACUGCCCUCACUGCAUGAGGUUCUUUCAUGAUGAGGAGGGCGAGGAAUUUCUUAGACACGUGUCUGAAUGCUGUCAGUGACCAAAUCACCUGAACAAGUGGGUCAAAGGCAGGGCCAGGGUGAAUCGGCUGCAGAAACUCUCCAGUCAUUCAGUUGGACAAUCUGGUCCCCUGAAGGAAUAUGAUUCACUAAAGAUACGGGAACAGGUAUGGGAGAACUGAUCUGCCGAUGGACUCAAAACCUACUGCCUAGCACACUGGAGUGGAGAAGGAGAAUCAGCUAUUGGAUCUCUCCAGAAAGGACAGAAUGGUAGUGUACCAGGUGAUCAAGUGCCUGGUAACCAAUUGGGCAAGGUUCCAUCCCUUCAAGGAUGAGCUGGGAGGAAUAAACAAAAAUUUAUCUUUCUGUUGAAGAAAGCACCAAUUUCUAAUAGUCAGAAUUCUGACUCAGUCAUUUAUACCUGGUUUCAGUUCAGUUAACGACGGUCAAAACUGUUAUUCAACAUGGGCAACAUGGGUGUAGAAGAUGGCUGGGGUGGGACAGUUUGAAUGAAUCUUGCCCAUCUUUGGAAGGGACAAGCAUUCCUGAGUGUUCUUUCCAGUGGCCUCAGAAUGGAGCCCAGGGGGCCCGGUCUAUCAGAUAUAGGACAAGACCCACAUUGAUGCUACAUCAGAGCUUUCACAUGCUGCAAUGUGUCAAGUACGGAUUGUAGAAGUGUGGAAAGCAUUCAAGUCAUACAGAUGAGCCAGAUUUGGCUCAAAAACUGGGGUCUGAAUAUCACUGCCCUGUCCCAUGUGAAGGGUGGGGAAUAGGCUUCUGGAAGCAGCAAAGUCCCCUUCUGUUUUUGCACUGAUGUACCUUGUAUUGGCAAGUUGCAAUUUUUUUCCCUU